AGGGAGAACGCUGUUCGGGAGAGGGAGAACGCUGUUCGGGAGUUGAGCGAGAUCCUGGGUAUGAUCGAGUAUGCGCCUUCGGCGGGCGGGUCGCUCGUUGCUCUUGUGGAUGCUCUGCUUGGUUUGGAAGGUGCGGAGGAGGAGUAUGCGCGGACGUGGGCGAACGCGGGUGUGGUUCUUGGUAUGGCGAUGCGUGCGCUUGGGCGCGUGUUACAGGACGGCGGCAAUGGCAACGGUAGCAGCGACGGAUGGAAGGACACGGAGAAGGAUGUAAAGAGGAAGGCGGGCGAGUGGACACGUAAGGUUAUCGAUGAGUGGGCGUGGUGCGAGGGCGUGAUGGAGGGGCUGGGGAUGUUGCUUCAGACGAGGUGCGCUCUCCUACUCCUGGCCCGUAUACGAGCUUGCAUGUUGCUGACGCACCUAUUGGCCGGUUUUAAGCCCGGAUACGACCCUUCCCUCGUUUUCCAAGCUGUACCCCACCCUCCGCGUGCGCUUGCUCUCGCACUCGCGCGUGCUGAGGUUGCAGACGCUACGACUGCUCGCGCGCACGCAGGGUGGCCCACAGGAUGCGAUACACAAGUGUCUGCAGGGAGAGGAGGUAGCGCUGGACGUGGCAGGUGUGCGCGAGAGGGUGAUGAGGAUUGGGCGGGUUGGGACGGCCGUCAAGGAGAAGGGAAAACAGAAAGCGAGCGGAGAUGCAGAAGAGGGAGAAGAGGAACAUGGGGAGGCAGUGGAUGUGUGCGCACGUUGGCUCGUCGCCCAGCUGAAAGUGAAUCUCCGACCGCUCUGGUCACCCGCAUGCGCAGCUAUCGCCGCCCUCGUGUCCCGCUUUGGAGACCCGGUGUGGCACGUCCUGUUCGACGAGCUACGCGCAAUAUCCACCGCCUCUCCUGCCUCUUCGCCCGAGUGGACCCGAGACCCUGACGGCCCAAGCGAUACGAUCUUCUCCCAGGCUCAGGACCCCGACGCCAAAACCCAUGCGCAAGCACACAUCGACGACCCCUGGGAAGACGAACGCACAUGGCGCGAUCCCUCGGCGCACAAGGCGCGUGAGACCGCGUUGAGCUGGCUCCAAACACCGCGCGUGCAGCGGGCUGCGCUUGUGCGCUUGCAGGCGCCGGCCACUGGGGACAGGCUGGACGUGUCGGGGUACGAGGGGCAGUUGCUUGCGGCACUCAGCGAGGGCGGGUGUCUUUCGGUGUCGGAGAAGCAUAACCGGGAGCUGGUGGAGCUGUUUUUGGUGCUUGUUGGGCCGAAUGGGGAUGGGUCGGAGGUGGCGGGAGAGGGCGACGAGGAGGAGGACGAGGGUGACGCCGAAGGAGAGGAGGGUGGGGCCGAGGACGACAUGCAAGUGGUCGGUCCUGAUCAAACCACCGGCGCUAAACCUCGCAAGAUGCCUCGAACGAAGAUGCAUGCAUGGCUCACGCUCUUCGGCAAAUUCGUGAACCCCAAAGCCAUCUACGCCUCCGAGACGCUCCGCACGCUCUACCUCUCGCUUCUUGCCCACCCAGACCGCACCUUGCAGCGCGACGCCUUGGCUUGCAUGCUUUCGUACCGCCCUCCACACCUCCUCCCCUACGCCGAGACGUUCCAGACACUCUUGGACGAUGCAAAGGGACGCGAUGCCCUCGCUUCGCUGGACUUCGCCUCUGUCGAGCCCCAAGCAAGGCCGGAGUUCGUGGGCGUCGCGAUUCGUCUGCUCUUCGGCCUCAUGCGCGAACGGCGGGGCAAGUCACGCAUUGGCGAGCGGCGAGCGGCCGUCCUCGGCGCGCUUGCUGCGUGCUCUGAGGACGAGCUGGCGCUCCUCGUGGAUCUUAUGCUCGCGCCGCUCGGCACGGACAGCGCUGCACGUCGGGAGGGCGAAUUCAGGAUUAGAGAUAUUCGCGGAGAGGCGGUGUCGCCGAAGGUGCAAGUCGGGUUUUUGAACCUCCUUGGCGACGUGUUGAAGAACCUCGGUCCGAGUGUAUUGUCGUAUUGGCCAGCUCUGGUCGGUGCGACGAUGGAUCUAGUUGGGAGCGCGCACGGCAGGUUAACGGAGAAGGCAUUGGAGGGCGACGAAGAGGCUCAAGACGAUACCGACGGAGAUGCACUGGCCGAGAAGGAGAUCGCAGACAAUUCCCAGCCAAAGACACAUGUGGGCGGUAAUAAGAACCUCAAGCUCGUACGCCACCUCGGCAUGCAGCGUCUCGUCGAUUUCUUCACCUCGCCUCUCUCGUUCGACUUCGCGCCCUUCCUGAGCGCCGCCUUCCCCGCCUUCCUCACCCCACGUAUCAUGCGCCUGGACACCGAGCAGACGCAAGCGCCCACAGCGCUCCUCGCGCUCUUCCAAGCGUGGGCGUCGCGCCGCGAAUAUGCGUUCUAUCUCGUCCAGUUCGAUGCGCAGGCCCUGCCCAAGCUCAUCGCGGUGCUCAUUGCGCCCGGUGCAAAGCCUGCCGUCCUCAGCAGGGUGUUCGAUAUCGUGGACAGGCUACUCGCCCUCGCUCAGGGAGACACGUCGCUCGCGGGCCUACUUAUCAGGCCACAUGCGUCGUUGCUGCUCGGCAACCUCGCCACGCUCGUCGAGCGCGCCAAGGGCGACGCGGCGCUCGCGAGCCCUCUAGUGCAGCGCGAGAUCGGUAUUCUGACGGAGAUCGCGCCGCACCUUGCGGAUCCUGGGCAGGCGAGCACGCUAUUGCAGCUGUUGUUGCCCUUGCUGCGUAAGACGCAUCGUAUAGUCCCGGAGAAAACGAAGGUCGACUUGCUUAGGAUCCUCGUCAACGCGUUCCCGCUUGUACCGGAUGUGCCGGACGCCGACUCUGCGUUGCACGUCAGGCUGCACGAGAUGCUUGCGUCGUUGUUCCUCACUCUUAGGUACUCGCCGGCGCGGAAGGCGCUCGUGGCGACAUUCAAGGCCUUUGCGAAGCUUGUACCAUCUCUCAGUGACGUCACGGUGUUACUGGAAGGCUUGAACGCGUACUCUGUCAAGCGCCUCGACGAGCCCGACUUCGACAAGCGACUCACUGCGUUCACCGAUAUCAACGAGAGGUUCUAUAAGACGGCGACAAUCCGCGACUGGCUCCCGGUUCUUUAUAACGCUCUCCACUUCAUUCAGGACCCCGAAGAACUCGCUGUUCGCAACAGCGCAGGACUCACGUUCCGGCGUUUCCUCGAUUUCGUCGCUGAUCCCGGCCUCGCCGAGCACAACACCAUCUUCCAGCGCGUCGUCUACCCAAGUCUCAAAAAGGCGCUUCGCUCGAAGCACGAGUUGGUGCGCGCUGAGAUUCUCGGUGUCAUCGCGUACGGUGUCUCGACGUGUACGCACCUCCCGUACUUGAACGAGCUGACGCCUCUCCUUGCCGGCGGCGAUGAGGAGGCAUCAUUCUUCGCCAAUAUCCAUCACAUCCAGGUGCACAGGCGUUCCCGUGCAUUGCGUCGCCUCGCCGAGCACUGCGACAACGCGAAAGAUUCGCCGUUCAGCAAUCGAACGCUCGCGGAUGUGCUCCUCCCGCUCGUCGAGCACUACGUCAUCUCGACGAGGGCGUUGGACCACCACCUUGUCACGGAGGCGAUCGCCGCUACUGGUGCGAUCGCUAGACACUUGGGGUGGAGUGGGUACUUUGCGCUCGUGCUGAAGUACUUGAAGGCCGCGAAGACGAAGGACGAUUCGGUGAGGGUGCACAUGAGAACGCUCGUGUCGGUAUUAGAGAACUUCCACUUCUCGAUGGAGGAGGUCGUCCUCGAAGUCGUAGAACCGGCGUUAGAGGAGGGCGAAGCAGAAGCAGGCGGCGAAGGAGAAGAGGCCGUAGAGGCCGAGGCGGGCCAGGUGGUGGUAGAACCUCCCGCGACGAAGCAACCCCAGCACGACGUCAAGAAAGUCGCUGACGCCGUCCACGCUCGUUUGAUGCCCAGCCUCCUGCAGUUCUUGGCUAAUCGCGACGACGCGGAAGAGAACAUCCGCAUCCCAGUCUCGAUUGGUAUCGCCAAGAUCGUCAAUUACCUUCCGCCGUCCAUGCAAGAAGCGCAAGCCGGCAGACUCCUCACAGUACUUAGCCAGAUCCUUCGAAGCAAGUCCUCGGAGACCCGUGAUCUGACGCGAGAUGCAGUCUGUCGCAUCGCUGUCUUGCUUGGUCCCAAGUACCUCCCCAUCGUCUUUCGCGAACUGCGUGCCGCUCUGCUCCGAGGGCCGCAGCUGCACGUCCUUGCAUACGUCGCACACGCGGUACUCAUUCACGUCACCGCACCAGAGGCUGUCGCGUCCUUCGGCAACCUAGACACGUGCGUGCCGGACAUCGCCCACGUCGCAUCAGAGGUCGUCCUCGGCGCUUCCGGGAAGGAUGUCCAAAACGAAGGGUUCAAGACUAAGAUGCGCGAGGUCAAGAGCUCCGCAUCCAAGAGCCUCGACUCUUUCGCGCUUGUCGCCAAGCACGUCACGCCCAAGCAAAUCGAGCAGCUUCUCCUGCCCGUGCGUGGAGUUAUGCAGGAGACCGGCUCGCUGAAGGCGCUGCAGCAGGCGGAAGAGGUACUGCGUCGCGUCGCGGGCGGUAUUAACUCGAGCGCGCUGAUUCAGCCAGCGGAGUUGUUGACAUUGUGCCACACGUUUAUCACGCAGAACGCGAAGUUUUUGCAGGAGGCGCGGCCUCAGGAGGUACGAAAGAAGGGCAAGAGGAAGAAGGACCAGCGGAUUGUGGACCUGAAGCGGAAGGUUGUGGCGGAGACAGAUCACUACGCGAACAACUCUUUCCGUUUUAUCGUGUUUGGUAUCGAUAUGUUCAACGUUGCAUAUCGACGUGGGCGCUUCGACUUCCAGGAUGCUACCGUCGUUUCGCGACUUCAGCCCAUGGUCAAGGCCAUUGGCAACACGCUGUACUCCAAUCAGAGCGCCGUGGUCACGUCUGGGCUCAAGGCCGCCGCGGCUAUAUUAAAGUGUCCCGUUAACUCACUGGAGAAAUCCACUCCGGUCAUCGUCCAGCAGACGCUGGAGAUCAUCAAGCAGACAGGUAGCAUUGAGUCAGACCUUGUGCAGACGGCGCUCAAAACACUGGCGACAAUCAUCCGCGACUGUCCCGCAGCCCAGCUGAAAGAAAAGGAGCUCAUCUUCCUGCUUGAAUUCGUUGCUCCCGAUCUCGAGGACCACACCCGCCAGGCCUCCGUCUUUGCCCUCCUCCGCGCCAUUGUCUCCCGCAAGUUCGUCGCGCCUGAGAUCUAUGAUCUCAUGGAGCGCGUUACCUCUAUCAUGGUCACCUCCCAGUCCUCCCACGUCCGCGAACAGUGCCGUGGCCUCGCACUCCAGUUCCUACUCGACUAUCCGCAGGGCAAGGGUCGGAUGCGGAACCAGAUGGUCUUCCUCGCCAAGAACCUCUCGUACACGUACGAGUCCGGCCGACUCUCGGUGCUCGAGCUGCUCGGUGUCCUCCUCGCGAAGCUGGACGCAGCGCUCGUGCACGAGUACGCGGACCUAAUCUUCGCUGCGCUCGUCAUGACGAUUGCAAACGACGACUCGCCCAAGUGCCGCGAGAGCGCUGCGGGGCUCGUCAAGGUGCUCGUGAGGCGGCUGGACGAGGAGCGCCGGCGGAUGAUCGCGAAUCAUCUUCAUGUGUGGGCAGAGCAAGAUGGGCAGCAGCACCUGAGGAGGGUGGCGGUGCAGGUAUAUGGGCUGGUCGUGGACGUGCUGGGCCGUGGUAUGGAGCCGUACGUUGCAACACUGCUGGAGGAUAUGAGUCGUGCGCUCGAGCAGAGCGCGGAGGCGCUCCAGAAGACUGUAGAUGAAGACGAAGAAGCAGACGGGAUGGAUAUCGACUCUCAGCUGGACUGGCAGGUUCCAUAUCAGGCUUUGAGCACUCUCGUCAAAGUGCUCAAGGUCUUCCCCGAGUUCGUGUCUCCUGCAACUGAUGUUGGUGGACAGAGCGUCCCCUGGCAACUCGUCGAAGCGCACCUGCUUUUCCCGCAUGCCUGGGUUCGUACGGCGGCCUGUAGGCUCCUUGGUACCCUCUUUUCUUCCCUGACGGUAUCGGCUCCAAGCACAAGCGACGAUGACAGUACUGACGUCGUCUCCUUGGUGAGGCUGAAGGCUCUGGCGGGCAAGCUUUGCGCGCAGCUCAAGAGUCCGCACCUUGAUGAGGCGCUCGGACUACAGGUCGUGAAGAACCUCUUCUUCAUCGGCAAAUGCUUUGCGCUGAUUACGUCAACAAUACCGUCCGCUGCCCCUUCAGAUGGGGACGAGGACGAUGGGGUCGAUGCUGAGGCCGACGGUAGUGAUGCAUCUGGCGACGACGAGGAAGAAGAGGGAAAUGACGCCGAGAAGGCAGACCAGCGGCGAGAACGGAUGAAGCGUAACCCUCGAUCGUCGCAAACCGAACCCCUUCCUUGGCUCUUCUCCAGACUUUCCUUCCAAGCUCGCUCCGCGCAUAUAGCACGACGCAAUAAAUCAUCUGCACCGCCAAACUGGAUACAGCAACCUACGUGUGUCUUCCGCUGGUUCGCAGCGAUGACUUCACAUCUUGAUGGCCCAACACUGGAGCGAUUCCUCCCACAUAUGCUGUCACCAAUGUACAGGGUCUCCGAGGAUGACACAAUCCGAGAUCCACAUAUGGAGGAGCUGAAGACCCUCGCGUCUGAGCUCCAGGACAUGAUACAGGCAAAGGUUGGGACGACUCAGUUCGCCACUGCAUACAGUAAGAUCCGCCAGGGUGUCAUGAACGUCAGGCAGGGCAGACGAACAGCGAGAGCGACACAGUUCACUACCAACCCUGAAGCUGCUGCUCGCCGCAAAAUUCAGAGAAAUGUGAGCAAGAAGGAUAGUAGGAAGCGGAAGAACAGUGCAUUUGCUGAUAACAAAGGUCGAUUGAAACGACAAAAGGAGGCGGCGUAGCUGGGCCGUCGUCCGAUGCCUGCUCUAGUCUGGGUAAUAUGGCGAAUGUUUCCUCGGGUUUUUGUUUUGGGAACUUUACAUUCCGGGUUUCAUCUAUUUUAUCGCUGUCACCAUGACCCUUCCCGCUACCGCUCGUUCAUCGUUCUUGCUUUCUUCUAUUUUAUGUACGUACGAAGUUGCAUGUCACAAAACUGGAACGAUGCCUAUCGAUGUAUUACAGUAGAAUAUUUGUCGACGUCUAAAAGCUGCUUUGCACAGCAAGC